CGGGGACCAAGCCUCGGCGCCAUCGCUCGGCGGUUGCGUGUGAUGCCUGUCGACAACGUAAAGUGCGCUGCAGCCUUUCGGUAACCGGGUUGCCCUGCAGCGGAUGCAUUCAAGACGGCGCCAACUGUGUUGUGACCGGAAGAAACCCCAGAGGGGCCCAGAAACCUCGCAGCCGUACCACUCAUCGCCCACAAGAGCCUUCGCGGCAGGCCCCGAGAGUCCCGGUCGAUGAGGAUAGCAUGACCGACGCGGAUUCACCGCAGCCCUCGCGACUGGGCCACGAGAGGGAAAAUCUGGAGGAAGAGCGAAAUGGGCUUGAGAUUGCCACUGCUGCUCUGGGCCAAGGGGAGACCAACGGGGGCGUUCCAUUCUACACGGGAGAACAGACCGGAUUGACAUCGGCAUUGGAUAUGUGCUCCCCGGGCAUGGCCCUUCCCAGACAUGUGCUCAUCCCGUCGAGGGUUCGAGAAUCCCUCCCAGAGGAGGAUCGGAAAUUCCUGAUGGCCAAAGGGGUCUUCACCCUCCCCAAGAGAGAUUCCUGCGCCAGCCUUCUUCGAGCCUACAUAUCCCACGUCCACCCCGUUCUGCCAAUUGUUGAAAUAGACCAGCUCCUAGCCCACUACCACGACGGGCGGCUACUCGAAUAUAACAUCCUUCUGCUGUGGAGUGUGUUUUUUGUGGCAGUCAACUUCGUUCCAGCGUCCGUAUACGAGAAAGAAGGAUACAAAUCGCGCAAAGAAAUGAAAAGUGCCAUGUAUUCCCGAGCCAGGUGCAUGUACAGCAAUGGCGGGGAGAGGCAGAAGAUCACUCUUCUGCAGUCCACACUUCUGCUGGGAUUCUGGCAUUCAGAGUUGGAUGAACACAUGCAGGCGUGGUACUGGACUGGAAUCGCAAUCACGCUUUGCCAGGUCCUGGGAUUACACCGCAACCCCGACAGCUCCAGGUACAACUCUUCCGUCACGGACCGGCAGCGAAUGCUAUGGCGUCGUCUUUGGUGGAGCUGCUUUUUCCGAGAUCGAUGGCUCAGUCUCACGUACGGGAGGCCGCAGAGGAUCAACAUCCAAGAUUGUGACACCCCAAUGCCAUUGGCUUCGGAUCUUCUCUACGACAUAGAGGCUGCUUCCAGGCCCCAUCUUGAUUCUUUCGUGCCCGGUGAAAUGCCGCUGUUAGCUCGGUAUUGGGUCACGCUGGUCGAGCUGAGCAAGUUAUUGGGUGAUUGCCUGACCAUGAAUUACCAGCUUAUGAGGCCCAAACCGUCCGUGGAGGAGAUCGAGGCCCUCGAGGCAAAACUGCUUCAGUUCGAAUUGCCCGAUCCAUACAAAAAAGGCCUGACUCGACUCGCCACAUAUUUCUGUUAUCACCUCCACUUGCACUACCAGGCAAUGGUGAUUAUAUUCUAUCGGCCCUUCUCGUCGGAAACUCUUGACACGGUCCCGUCCAACGACCAGGAAGGCUGGUGCCUUCGAAUGCGCCUGAAAGCAGACUCGGCGGCUUCUCAAACGAAUGGCAUUCUCGAGGCGUUGGCUCAAAAUAAGUUGCUCUGUUUCGCGAGCCCAAUGACACCUCCCCUCCUAGUCCCCGCGAUGCAAACACAUUUGCUUUUCUGCAGAUCUGCAGACUCUCUCUCUCGAAGACUACGGCUGAACAAGAUCGAGAUGCUGAUGUUGAUCCUGGAAGAGCUUCAAAAAACCUACACUGUGGCUUCGCUUUACCGUGGAAUAUUCCUGAAAGCCAUCCAACAAAUCUUCCCUAAUUAUCAGCCCGCCGCAUCCGUCUCUGGGCAAGAUGCUGGCCCUGCUGGCCCUGAUAUGGUGACUACUGCCGAGUCGUCGGGGCCUAUUAAUGCGGAGCCUAUCGUUGAAAAUGCAUCCGAAGGCUUGGAUCUGGUCUUUGAUGGUAGCUUUGUAGAUGCACUCAUGGAUCAGGCUUCGCUCUUCAAUGUCUGGGAACCUUUGGACCCUUUCUAAGAAAGAAUUUGUCGUGUCACUGUGAAAUCCUAAAUCGGAGACAGUCUACUUGUGUUUUACUUCUGUAGACGGGCCUGAUCAUGUCAAAGAGAAAAGGAUAAUCCCAUCCAACCUUCCGGAUUGGACAUGACAUGACAUCUCUACUUGCUCUAGAAACAAGCCAUGGUUUCCGACUACCGAGAUACCUAUGCAUCUCCGAGUACGAAAGUCGUUCUAUCGAGGAACUACCGCGCCUUCACAACGGGUUUGUCCGAUAAAAAGGCAUAUCGUCUAG